CGGAAUGGGAAACCAAUCUGGAAAAUUAUCCGCACCACGAGGGGUGGUGUCGUCCAAAUCCGUCCACGCAUUUUCCCACAUCGCGCAGCCAUCGCCUAUAAAUCGUUCCAUCAGUGCAAUGCCCACGCUAGAAACCCCAAGGAAAGGUAAGAAUUGCCACGGGCAGCUUUCGCGGAGCGAGUCGUUCUCGUCGGCCUCGGACCAGCACUUCGACGAUCCCGCAAGAGACGACGCGAAGGAGAAUUCGGAAGAAAUCCUUUCAAGAAGCCGUGCGUCAAGUUGUGCUGAAGCCAUAACUCCAAGAAGCCAACUUUCUGUCUGUCGAACGCACAGUAGCGGAAUCGGCAGUAGCAGUAUGCAAAAGGAUCACACCCAUGUAAAUCAUAAGUCCUCUCCUGUCCAUGUACAUGAGAAACCCGUCGUGAAGAGUGCCUCUACCAAGAGCGCCAAAAAUGGUGUCUCUCCACUUCGAUCACAACUCUCCAAAGAUCGACCCACAUCUAGCAGCGCUCACGCUAUUUCGGCUCCUAUGCCGACGAUAGUGUCCUGCUUGAAUCUAACCGGUGCUCAAAUACUGUUCAUUCGAAAGACAUGGGCUCAUGCUCGAAAUCAGGGAGCUCUAGAGCCUGCACUUAGCAUAUUCAGAAAUUCUUUCUUCAAAAAUUCUGAAAUCCGUACAAUAAUGAUGUAUGGAACGAAAAAUGAAGGGCACGAACGGCUGAAGAAACACGCCCAAUCUUUCACUACUAUUAUGGACGAUUUGAUAGCGAACUUGGACAAUCCGACCGCUACGGUAGCUCCGUUACGAGAAGCUGGCGAGAAGCAUGUCUUUCCUACAAGGGACCAAUAUGGAUGUCCAUUCCGAGCUUCACUCAUGGAUCAGUUUGCCUCUGCGAUGAUUGAGAGGACAUUGGAAUGGGGAGAGAAGAAAGAUAGGACAGAAAUAACCCAGAUGGCUUGGACAAUGAUUGUUUUAUUUGUGUGCGAGCAAAUCAAAGAGGGAAUACACGAUGAGAUGAAACGACAACGAAGGGUUCGACCGCGACAGCUUGGGCAUCGUUCGGACCUAUCAUCAUCCGAGACAGUAGGCUCUCCAUUGGCGAGGAACCCACCUGAAAUUAAACGAUACAAUACGGUUGACAACCUCUGAGUCUAUAGCAGAUGUCGGUCACUAGGAUUUCCUCCAACAAGUUAUCGCUAAGUGCAAGCUCUGUCUUAAUUAGGGGCAUCACUCAUAAACGUCAAAUGCAUUAGA